UGAGAAAACGUUGAUUAGCAGUGCCGGUAAUGAAAAUGCCUGGCGGGUCGCACACGUCGCACACGUCGCCACUCUCGCGCUCUCCUCCCUCCUUUGGGUCUCCUUCUCCGGGGCUGAGCGCUUCCCCUUUCAGUGGCGCUGCGGCAUCCGGCAUGCAGAGGAGUGCUGAUUUCGCGCACAUUGUCCCCAUAGGCAAACGUGUGAAUGUCCCCUCGACAGACCUGCAAAAAGAAGAAUGGGGGGAAGGAACUUUCGAUGAGUAUUCCGGUGAUGACGUGGCCGAAUCUCUGAGCAACCGUGAGAUCGAGAGCGAGGACGACAAGAUGUUCCACAGGGAGCCCAAUGAAGACGACCUUCCUUACGAUAUCGAUGAAAUCAACGGCACUCGCUUGAGUGCUGUUGCUGCUCAUUCCUCUGGUACUGCUGCAGCAGCCCCUCUAGUAUUUGGAGAUGGCACUGAAGCGACGAUGGUAGCCGCGUCGAAAGCUGAUAAUGCCGCUGAAGGUGAGCCCGAUGAGGAUGAAGCAGAAGAGAACGAUGAUGAUGAUGAUGAGGAUGAUGAUGAUGAUGAUGAAGAGCAGGAGGAGAGGAGAGAGGCGGAGGGGGAGGAUUAUCGUGGAAUUGACAAUGGUGUGCUCUCUGAGGCUGAGAAUAUUUGGGAAGGAGGAGUUGGAAGGCUUCAAGUGCCAGGUGGCAGGCAGGAAGAGCAUCAGCAUCGUCAUCACCAUCAUCGUCAUCAUCAUCAUUAUCAUCAGCAGCAGGAGCAGCAGCACCAGCACGGAGAAGACAAUGGAAAUGAGAACGACGAGCAGGAUCAGCAAGAGGAGGAGGAGGAGGAGGAGGAGGAAGUGGAGGAGGAAGACGAGGAGGAGGAAGAGAAGGUGGAAUGUGAGAGUAUGGAGGGGGGGUUUAGCAGAUAUCGUCACUAUUCCGUUGGUAAUGGCGGAGCGAUGGCAUCAUCAGCAACACGACAGUUCGGUCUCAUCGAGCGCGGGGGAGGCGAUACCGAUGACCGACGAGUAAGGAUGGACCAAGAUAAGAGACAGCAACAAGAUGAACUUGCGUCGGAAGUAUGCGGAACCGAGAUCGGGUUCCGACAAGAGGGUUCUUGUGCUUUAACGAGCGACGACGAUUAUGACGAUGACGAUGAGGAUGUCGACGUGGAUGAAGAAAACUCUUGGCUGGCGCAUCCGGCGGCAGGCGUCCACAAUGGUCCCCGGCAAAAGCUGCAGGAUAGCGAUACCGACUGGCGACGAUGCUCGAUCCGUCUCGACGGUGGUGUCGUUGCGGGUGAGCUGGGGUACGUUGUCAAGCGCUCUCCCUAUACGUAUAGUGGCACUCGCGGAGGGGAAAGGGAAGCAAGCGGCCGGCGCUGUUCUGAAUCCAUGGUUGGAGCCACGUCAUCGGCGGCUGAGCCGAGAGAGAAACCUUUGGAACGUGCGAGAGCACCUCCUCUUUCGUCUUCUCCUCGCUCUCAUCCUGAUUCUCCUCGUUCUUCUGUUGCUGCCGGUGGUGCUGGUACUGGUACCGGUCCCGACUUCCUACCGUCAGCACAGCAGCAGCAGCAGCAGCAGCAGCAGCCUACCCACCCCCCCUCGCCGACCAUGAUAUUUUCUCGCUCUCCUCCGCCUCCUCUUCCUCCUCCACCUCCUCCACCUCCUCCUGCUGACAGUGUGUUCACCCCUGGUGCAGCAGCCCGUAUGUCCGAGGUUCCUGACCGCCACGCGGCUCCACUUCAUUCCGGUGCUGGUGACGCUGCGAAAGCAGCAGGGCUGCGCCGUCCACGUCGUCGCUGCAGGGGAGUAUUGCCAGUUGGAGAUGCAGCAGGGGCAGCAGCAGAUGGUGAUGGUCCCGAUCGUGCUGCCGGGAUCUCGGUCGCGGAAGUGUCGAUGACAAGGGCUCGUGCUGACGUCAGCAUGUGCAAUCGCAUGGUGGCAAGGACGGCCAAGGGCGACGAUGGUGCUGCCGAGGUGGUCGUCGAUGACCGUCCGGAUCCCGGCGUCUCCUUCGCAAGCCUGCCCCGUUCCUGCGAGGAGGAGGAGGAGGAGGAGCAGGCUCUGCCAAGGCAUGGCGAUGAGAGCAAUGCCUCCACGUCGGACUGCCUGGAGGAAAUACGGUUGACGUCUUUGGGUGACGUGGACCGACAUCCUGUGUGCACUCCAUUUUCUUCCUUGCCCCGUCGGAGUGACCUCUUGCCCGACGUUCCGCGAGCGGUUAUGUCGAUCGCGCGCAGGACGGCGGAAGAGGAGGAGGAAGGGAGAGGGCAACAGGCAGGACGGGCCGUUGAGGCAACGGCAGUGGAAGUAGGAUCUCCCGCCACCACGUCUCGUCAUCAUCUUACCCGCCGUCAUGCCGCCGCUGAGGGGAGUGCGAAAUUCCCCCCCGCGCCCAAGGCGGGAGCUAGCGGAGGACGAGGACAGGACGUAGCAGGAGCAGCAGCUCGGACAGAGAGGAACGCUGUGAGUGUCAGAGAAGGGGGGGAGUUGAGGAGGGGGGAGCCUGGUAGCUACCGCCCAUCGUCCUUUCCUUUCCCCAAGAAUGUUGAAGAUGUAGUCCAGAACAGCAAAGGAGAGCCUCGGCCGUCAAGAUCACCGGCGACGACAACCGGGGCACAAGACUGCAUGAUGAACGUGAUGAGAGUGUCUGGCGAGCGCGGCGGUGUGCAUCCCAGCGAACGACGAGGGGGCGGCCGCAGCGCGAAGAAGAAGCGUCCGCGAAAGCUGACACCCUUGAUGGGACCCAAGACGACUGCGACACGUGGGAUGGUGGAGCUGGGUGGCGCUGAGGGGGAGGGAGAGGAGGCAAGAGGAGGAAUAGGAGGAGACAGGAGCAAUGACCAUGCGACAGGAAGCAAGAUCCCGGUACUGAUUGAACCUGAAACCAGCAUCCCUUCACGCCCUCUUCGCAAACGACAAAAGAAGGACAUGGUCAAGGCGGGUUCACGAAAAACAGGAUGUGGUGCAAUCCUCUCAGAAAGACUUCUCGCCACCACGGCAGCAGCAGCGUCUUCUGCCCCCCCCGCUGCUCCUCGUCUUCCCUCCCUUUCCUACCCUCCUCCUCCUCCUCCUCCUGCUGCUGCUCCUUCCCGUACUCUUCCUCCUCCUCCUCCUCCUCCACCAACCGUUCCUUCCUCUCGGCCGUCUCUGCGUUUUCCCAGUUCGCCGCUGACGACGACGACGACGACGACGACUGAGACGGAAACAGAGACGAUUAUGACGCCCACAAUGGCAAUGGACCCCGGUGUCGGAGGGCAAGUCAAUAUCAAUACAACGAACUUGGGUCAUCAGUGGACGCCGCCUGUCUUCCCCACAAGACUCAGAGUCGUUUUCCGCAAUCCGGGCCGUGCAUCUGAUGGCUCCUCGUUAUCGGGGGGGGGCCCAGGGGAGCGGGUUGUGCAUUCGCUGGGGGGCAGGGUGGGGGGGGGUGCCACUGCGAUGGACACUGCGAUGAACACGUCGACCAGUAACAUGCAGCAGCAGGAGGAGGAGUCGGCGAAGGAGCGCGCUCAGGUUGCCGCCGAUGAUGUCGGACUCGGCCGGGUGCCUGCGGACGUGUCCGCCAACGGUCACUCAAUCGGGCCGCCCAGAGCGGGAUCGAGAUCCAGAGGGAAGGACCAUCGGACUCGUCAGUGCCUCUCUACCUAUCGAGCUGCUUCGUCGUCCGCUCCGCCGCGCCACAACGUCCCUCAUCCUCCCCCUCCCCCAGCUGUUGCUGGCGCCGCUGCUGCUGCUGCUGCUGCGGCGGCGGCGGCCCGGGGUGCCCACAGUGUCGAAGGAGGUCCUUUGCCACGACGACUCGAUCGCAAGAGGAAGGUCUCUGACCGGAACUCCUACACUCUCUUGUCCGUCAACCGCGGGGUUAAAUCCGGUGCUGCUACCUGUAAUGAGGUGGUGGAACCAGGGCGCUCAUCUGAUGCUCACGCCGAUAACGAGCGGGCGGAGGAUGGCUGCCAGAAAGGAGGUUGGUUCAGCGAGAACGUUGGCGGGAGGAGGAGGAAUCGAACGGCUACGGCUGCAGCAGCUGCUGCGGCUGCGCCUGCUGCUAAGGAGGAGGAGGAGGAGGCGGUUGGAAAGCCGCCAAGGCAGCUUCACCCUUCCAAACGUCAGAGGCCACGGCAUGCUGCAGCGGCUAUCGCAGCCGACGCCGCCGUGGAUCUCCCAUCAAUGGCUGCAGCGGCGGAUCUGAAGGCAGAAGGAGAAUCAACGGCACAGAAGCGGCGGGGUGAUCACCAUGAUCGUCAUCAACACCAUGGGAAUGAUGAUCACCCUUACCGGCGGGGGGAUCAUUCAUGUGUUAACGACGAGCACACGAGGCAGCAGCAAUCGGUCAAGAAGAAGAAUGGCGGAGGCGAGGAGGAAAAACCCAAGAGGAACUCGAAAGGAGGAGUGGUGGGGGAGAAGCGGGUGGCCGUGAAUAAGAGGAGGAGGGGGCAGGGGAAGGGCACACGCUCGAGAGCGCCACGUGUCAAUGGCCCAGCGACAGUUGGGCGCUUGGCCGAUGAAGGAGGGGCAUUGCCCGCAGAUACCGAUGAGAUGAGGGUGAACGAGGAUGGUGCAGGAGGAGGAACCACCCCUGCCGUUGAGCCAGUCCAGCAGCAGCGGUCGCGGACCGCCGCUGCUGCUCGAAAGGCUGCUACUACAGCGGCGGUCCGCGACGGCUGCUGUUCUGAUCAAAUGGCAGUUGGCGGCGAUAUGCAUCCACGUGGGUUGGCAGUUGGCUGUGAAAUGGAUUGUGGGUCCCAUCCACGUCACUUACACGUGGAUUACGACGAGGGUUGCAAUGGAGCGGUAGGCGACGUCAACCCUGAGAAGGAGAUCGGUACAGGCCGUGAUCCUCUUCCCCAUCCUCCUCCUCCUCCUCCUCUUCCUAUCACGACGAAUCCCAGAUUGUCGUCUCUGAGAAAAUCUCAUUCGCGUCGCCAUCAACGACGUUUGUUGGCGGUGAAGCUGCGGCAACCAGGAACUCCAUCGCAUGAAAUGAACGAGCGCGCGGUACUGGCGAAGGUGUUGAUUGAUCUGGCGACCGGAGCAACCGCCUGUGCGAAGCGUGGAGGGGAUACGACAGACGCGGAGGCGUUGCCACGUGGGGUAUCGCGGACUCGAUCACGGGGUCGAUCGCGCAGCAGCAGGCUAAGGGAGGAAACGGCCUGCGCAGGUGCAGAACCUGCUGCAGCCACAGCCGCAGAAGCACCAGCAGCGGCAGCAGAUCCGACGGGGAAGAUGACGAUUGGUGGUGUACCGGCUGCGGCUGGCACACCUCUCACGGCGGCGGCGGCGGCAGUGGAGGGAGCUGCGGACGCGGCGCUGGCCACGGGCGUCGCGGAAGCCGAAGCCGCCGCCGCCGCCGCCGCCGCCGCCCCCGCCGCCACGGCGACCGGCAGUGAGCAGGUUGUCACGGGUGCGGAGACGGGAGUGGUGAGCAUUCGACAGACUGCGACGUGCCAAGACGAAGUGCAGGGGCGUGCGCCGGUCGAGGGGGGGGUGGAUCAGUCAGGUGAACCUUGCACUAGCCUGGUGUCGGAGGCAGAGAGAAAGCGGUCGAAGCGCGCCGAUGCAAUCAAACGAGUGGAACUGGCUGGGGGGGUUUAUCACUGGCUGGAUCAGCUGGGGCUCAGCAAGUACAACUGCUUAUUCAGCAUACACGAAGUCGAUUGCGAGACACUGCCUCUGCUUACCAUCGAGGAUCUCAAGGACAUGGGAGUGGCGGCGGUGGGCGCUCGCAGGAAGCUCUUCCAGCACAUUUGCGACCUCUACCUACCGUCCCUUAAUACUUGACACCCACCACCAGGCAUCCGGGGCCAAUCCCUACGCCUCUGUCCGCGCCCUUUUCUCCCCGCUCUUUUCUUCCAUGAUCCGUGAAUAUCUUUCACGCCCCAAUGGCAUCACCUCGUUCGCCUCCCUCCCCCUCCCCUCCCCUCCCCUCCCCUCGCCCAACCCCUGACCUCCCUACUGCUUUCAGAACUCUCUCUCUCUCUCUCUCUCUCUCUCUCUCUGGUACUCGUGCUUAGCCGGGGAUGCGUCCCUGCGAAGUCGACAAAGCAAUGCCUAGGAUAUGAUUGGCUCUAACUUCUUGAUUGGUUGAUUGAUUGGUUGAUUGGUUGAUUGGUUGAGUGAUUGAUUGGUUGGUUGAUUGAUGAUGACAGUAAAUGUCUGAAGAAAAU